UUAUCCAAAAACAUGUCUGGACCCGAACUUGACGUGCUGUUGAAAAUCUCGUUCAACCACUACAUUGGCAAGGCUGCGGAAUACAAGCCUUGUGACACUCCAGACUGCGACUUCAGCUACCUCGACCCACAAGCUCAGAACAACAUCGACGGCGAUCCCGACAGCGGAAUCGAUGGUGAUGCGCGUGUCAUGACUUGUCCGGAGUGUUUGAGGCAGAUCUGUACAGGGUGCCACGCCGAGCCUCGUGUACGCAUCUCUUGCGCCGAUAAUGGGGAUGAAGGCGUGAGGAAUAAGCUUCUGACGGAAGCAUACUGGGGCAUGGCGAAUACAAAGGCCUGCCCGAAAUGCAAUGCGCCGAUGGAGAAGGACGAGGACUGCAACCACGUGCAAUACCCCGUCUGUGAGGAACACAUGUGCUGGAAAUGCAUGAAGAUUGUCAAGGACUCCCAAGACUGCUAUCGCCACAUGAUGGAGGUACAU